UCUUUAAUUCAGCAAAGCAACCUGUCAUCUUGUUCGUCUCUCAGAAGCGCUCCUCACUUCACUACCUUCCAAUGUGGGCCCUUCCUUGCCCAAUCUGCUGUUCCAUAUUUCAACCCUCAUCUCAUCACUUUUUCUCUCAGAUUUUGACUGAAAGUUUUCGUUGGUAUGUAGUACUAUCAUUAAUAUUUAUUGAGGUUCGUUGUUACACCUCCCCUUUGUUUACUCAAUGUGGCCGACUGUCAUUUUUGUUGGAUCUUCAUUAUUCAUCCAACCAACCAUUUUAGCCUAAUUGCCUAUCUCCGUUACUUUAAAACAACUCUUUUCUCUUUUAUUUAUUUAUCUAUUUAUUUUCAACUUUUUCUUCCACUUGAAAUAAUAGUAAUCAAUAGUACUGAAAAGUUCCAAAGUUAAAUCAUCUUUGGAAAUAUAAUCUCAUGGAUUUUGUUACUUUUGAUUACCCAUUUUUUCUCUGGUUUUUUUGGCUUUGAUGAUUAAGUUUAUUAUUUGGGCCUCUCCACAAGUACAAGAAACAGGUAAAGAUUGUCAUUUUAGUAUGAACAGGUGAAUUUGACAAUUGUAGAAAUCAGGCAGUGUAAGAACUAAAUAAUAUAGACAUGAGCACAUGCUUUCUUUUUCUUCUUAUUUCUUACAUAUUGUUUCAUUUUUCAAGGUUUAUUUUUGUCUUUAUUUUGAAGUGCUUAUUCUUCGGCUUUUUUGAGUGUGUAUUCCAAUGGAUUAAUGAGGCUCCCCAAUAUCAGCUGCUAGGAAAUGCUGUGCUUAAAGUUUGUGUCUUGAUGUGGUAGCUUUGUGGUAAUUCAAGUUUGGGUCUUCUUGGUAUUUUGAGAAUUUAAUGGGUGAACCAAUAGUAGAUGCUUCAAACAAAGAAGUGAAGAUUGGGGAGAUGGCUUCUUCGAAUCCUGCUCUUGAAGUCUCAGUUUCGUUCGGUAGAUUUGAGAAUGAUUCACUUUCUUGGGAGAAAUGGACAUCUUUCUCUCCGAAUAAGUACUUGGAGGAGGUUGAGAAGUGUGCAACUCCGGGAUCAGUGGCUAAGAAAAAGGCCUACUUUGAAGAACAUUACAAGAAGAUUGCUGUAAGAAAAGCUGAACUACAGGCGCAAGAGAAGCCAUUGGAGAGUAAAUCCUUGAAAUCAAAUCAUCAGAAUGGUGGAGAUCUGGUUGGUAAAUCUAAUGGUCAGUACUCUGAUGAAGAAGAUAGGCAGGAAACUAACUUGGCAAGUAAGGUGAAGGACAUCUACUAUGAUGAGCCGAAUAAGGAGCCUGAAAUUGCAAAGGAAUGUGAAAACUUAACGGUUGAGGGAGUGAAAGAGAAAAUAGAUGGCAGGUUGGAGAUUCUAGUGAAAGAGAAAAUAGAUAGCCGAGUAGAAAGCCAAGAGAAAGAGGAAACACAUAGCACAAUGGAAAGUCCAAAGUUAAAGAUUCUGGAAGAAAAUGCUGCAGAUGAAGCCGUUUUGGUAAAACAAGAAGUGGAAACCCUUUCCAAGGGGUUUCAAGAUUUGAAGGAGCUACCACAGAACUCAGAAAAAGACAUAGAAAACACUCCAAAGAUCAAAGAUAAAAAUGUAAAGUUGGGUCAUUCGGCAAAAUCUCACAAGAUUACACCAGUGACUAAGGAGAGAAAUGAGACAAGGAUAAAGAAGAAACCCAUCUCCCCUGUGGCCAAAACACCACAAUUGUCUACACCUAGAGCAUCAAAGCCAACAUCAACUUCUGCUACAUCGUCUGCAUCAAGAAUUCCAUCAAAAACAGGAAUAACUUCAUCUUGUUCUUUACCAAAGACCAAGAAUUCUGUGGGAGAAAGCAAGAAAGUGGCUCCUAGAUCCUUGCACAUGUCCCUUAGUUUAGGUCCGUCAGGUUCUGGCCCAGUUUCCCUUGCAGCAACAAGAAAAUCUUUAAUUAUGGAGAAAAUGGGAGAUAAGGACAUUGUCAAACGAGCAUUUAAGACAUUUCAGAGUAAUUAUAACCAAUUGAAACCUUCCAGUCAGGAGCAAUCUCCAGCAACAAAACAGGUGCCUGCAAAGGGGAGAGAACCAAGGUUUCCCACUUUGACGACUCCACAAAAGGAGAAUGGAGGGUCUUCUAGCGUUAGUGGUAUGGAGAAAAAGAAUGCUAAGGUUGCCUCAUCUUAUUUUGGCCUGAAAAGCGAUGAAAGGGUGGAGGGAAGAAAGGAGUUCUCCAAGAAAUUGGAAGAAAAAUCCAAUGGUAGAGUAGCAGAGAGGAAACAUCUCCAGACAAAAUCAAAGGAUAACAGAGAAGCGGAGGUAAAAAAAUUAAGUCAGAGCCUUCAUUUUGAAGCUACACCCCUUCCUGGUUUUUGUCAUGGACAGAGAACAUCAAAAUGCCCUCUUGAUAAGAUAGGUACCAAGAGUCACAUCCAUCGAUAGCCUGGCUUCCUCGGGUCAAUGAACCACGCAUCAUCUACAACUACUGAGUCAAGAAUGUUUAAUAUAAAGAAAAUUGGAAAAGAGUCGUAAGAAAUACAUCAGCUUUGGAGGCUAACUACAUCGCUGGGCUAGGAAAGGUAUAUUUGAAGGCAUUUUUUUUUCAAUGGGGACCCAUGCCACAAUAUUUUUGGCUUGUUGGUAACCCUUCUAGGAUCUGUCGUUGAUGAGUCACAUGCCGCCUAUUUGAAUGCCUCAACCUUGAUGGUGAAGGAGAUAUCGAAGUUGUGGCUUUUUUCCAUUCAUGAUGAACUGUUGCUUCCCUCACCUUUCCCUUAGAAAAUUUUACUGUAGCUAUUCAAAUGCACAAUGGACAUUUUAAUAGCAUCUAAAAAGAGAUAGGAGUAGGGUUUAUUGAACCCGUAUCUAUGAUUUCUAUUUACGGUUCAUUUGAAUA